UUGGAUAUGAUCCCGAAAUCACCCCUGCGACUCGACUAUUUACUGCUAAGCAACUUGCUUGCUUGCUUGCUUGGUGAAGGGGAGAGGACACGCCGGGUUAUCGGGUCGAUGAAAUUAUCAAUCAUUCAGUCGAAGACGCGAGAUGGGAGAGAAGGGGUCACCCGCGCUACGAAUCCCAAUCCCAACCCCCGAGGCUGGGGAGCUUGGAAGCUUACAGCUAGCUAGCUGUGCUGCUGCACA